UCUAUUUUUGGAUAUUGCGUGUUUUUUCAAAGGGGAGGAUAAAAAUCGAGUGGCACAUAUAGAAGGUUUUGGUUGCAAGAAGAAUAUAGAAACUCUCAAGGACAAAUCUCUCAUUGCCAUUUUAGGGGGAAAAUUACAUAUGCAUGAUUUAAUACAACAGAUGGGUUGGAGAAUUGUUCGUGGUGAAUUACCUCAAGAGCCUGGAAAACACAAUAAGUUGUGGCUUUGUAAGGAUGUGUUUCAUGUGCUAAAGGAAAAUACUGGAAUAGAAGCUGUAGAAGGCAUAGUUCUUGAUUUCCAGGGAACAAAAGUUGUAGAAGGCAUGGUGCUAAACUGGCCUCCACAUAAAGAAAACUUGAAUGAUAAAGCCUUCUCAAAUAUGAAAAGUCUAAGGUUGCUUAAAAUUUCUAAUGUGCACCUUCCAACAGGCCUCAAUUUCCUUUCUAAUAAGUUAAGAAUGAUGGAAUGGCAUGAUUAUCCUUUGAAAUUCAUGCCAAUCAGUUUUCAACCGGACAAUCUUGUUGAACUCAUCAUGCCUCGCAGCCACAUUGAGCAAUUACCAGAGGGACUUACUAACUUGGCCAAUUUAAGACUCUUGGAUCUUAGGGACUCUAAAGUCUUAGUCAAGACUCCUAACUUCAUCGGAUGCCCAAAUCUGGAAAGGUUGAUUUUUCAAGGAUGUACAAGUUUGUAUGAGCUUCACCUAUCUAUCGGAGCUCUCAAUAAGCUUACUUUGUCAAAUCUGAAAGAUUGCAAAAGUCUUACUGGCCUCCCUUGCGAAAUAAACUUGAAAUCUCUUGAAAUUUUUAUUCUAUCUGGCUGUUCAAGUCUCAAGAAUUUGUCAGAGAUUGGAACUAAUAUGACAAUCUUGUCAGAGCUGUAUUUAGAUGGGACUGCUGUGGAAGAAUUGCCAUCAUCACUCGAGCGUUUGACUGGCUUGACGGUCUUGAGUCUUCAAGGUUGCAAAAACCUUUCAAGUUUUCCAAGUGUCAGCUUGCCGUCUCUGAAAACUCUCAAUCUAUCGGGAAUUAAUCAACCACCUAAAUCCUGGCUUUCGCACGGAUUCUCCCUCGUCCGUGCUGUAGAUGAUUUUUUCAAAGGUUGCUUCCCUAUCCAAGAGGUCAGCAACCUGUUGUUGCCUAGGUUAAGAUUUAAUGUAUCUCUCAAUCUAUCUGACCGCAAUUUAUGGGACGGUGGACUCCCCGAUGAUCUUAGUUGCUUAUCCUCGUUGCAGACACUAGAUUUGAGCAAAAACAACUUUACACGUCUGCCCGAUAGUAUUUCUCAGCUUUCUAAGCUUAAAACUCUUAAGUUGAAUGAUUGUAGCAGGCUUCAAUCAUUGCCGGACCUUCCGCUAAGUAUAGAAUUUGUAGAGGCACGAAGAUGUCCUUUAUUGUCGGAAAAGUAUUCAAAUCAGGAUUUUGGAUGGACUUCGGGUGAGACAGGGUUCACUAUGGUUAUUUGUAACAACAAGGAUAAUGACCAAAGUUUAAACAUCCGCAUUCCGAGCUUACGAUCCUUUGAAAGAGUUGUGGAGGGUGAAAGUCACGAAAAUAAGAUCUUGCUUGGGUUUUUAGAUUCAACCGAAACUCCAGAGUGGUUCAGCUAUAAGACCCUUGGGUCAUCUGUAACAAUCCCGCUACCUUCUGAUCUGCUUGAUGAUAGUAGUUGGAAAGGGAUUGCUUUGUUUACUAGUGUUGUAAUCCUUGAAAAUUUGAACAAUGUUUCUUCUGGGCAGGAUGAUGUUUCUUUUGACUUUAUUUGUAAUUCAGACAUAAUUGAAGUUCCACGCACAACUUGUCCCUUAUACUAACUUCUCCAAAAAUCUACCUGAA